AUCCAAUUUAUGAGUAGAAAUUGUCAAGUGAACCCAGCUCCUUUCUUCACAAUAAGGGGUUUUUUGUAAAUUUUGGGAAUAGGAUUGCAAAAAUGUCAAUAUUAAUUUAAGAAGGCAGCUAAGUAUAAAAUUUAGAUAACUACAUUUUUAUUGCAUCGAGUGAUCUGUAUUUAAAGACAAAUCAUUUUCUAUUUCCAGUUGGUGGCUGGUUGGCGUCGCUUUCUGUUGCAGGUCAAACAGCAAUAACUGUGAGAAAACUUGUAAAAACAGAAAUGAUACCAGCUGAACCCAUGCCAAAAGCCUCUCCAUUUUCAAAUGUUGAGCUUUGGACUUGGGCUUCUAUUUUCCUUUCAACAUUUGUUCUUGCUUAUGUUAAUCCAACAGCACUUGGUACAAGUGCAAGGACAUGCCUCCCGUUCUUGCUAGCUGCAACAGUCUUGGGAUACAUGGUUGGUUCUGGGUUACCAUUUAAUGUGAAGAAGGUAUUCCACCCAAUUAUCUGUUGUGCACUCUCUGCUGAUCUGGCAGCUGUAACUUAUGGAUAUUUCUCAAAGAGUAGCUUGGAUGCUGUCCUAGCUGAUUACCUUACAAAAAUGUCAUCAAAUCCUGGAGCUGGUGAUAUUCUUAUGGGCUUUCUUGGAUCUGUUAUAAUUUCAUUCGCCUUUUCUAUGUUUAAACAAAGAAAGCUUGUCAAGAGACAUGCUGCUGAGAUCUUCUCAUCAGUGAUUUUUGCAACUAUUUUCUCUCUGUACUCAACUGCAAUCAUAGGGCGUCUUGUUGGGCUAGAACCAUAUUUAACCAUUUCCAUCCUACCAAGGUGUAUAACAGUGGCAUUAGCCUUGAGCAUAGUGUCUUUCUUUGAAGGUGCAAAUCCAUCUCUGACUGCUGCAGCGGUAGUUCUAACUGGUGUGGUGGGAGCAAACUUUGUGCAAACUGUAAUGGAUAAACUCCGCCUUGAUGAUCCUAUUGCUAGAGGAAUAGCAACAGCUUCUAGUGCUCAUGGAUUAGGGACAGCAGCACUGUCUGCAAAGGAACCGGAGGCACUUCCGUUCUGUGCCAUUGCUUAUGCAUUAACUGGAAUCUGUGGAUCAUUGAUUUGCUCUGUUCCAAUUGUAAGACAAAGCCUUCUGUUUAUAGUUGGUUGAGAAAUAUCUUCUGUGCACACGCAUUUGAUCAUUCCGUUACAUCGACGAGAUGAAUGAAAUCCUCUGGCAUUUUUCUCCAAACUGAAAUGCCUCUUGUACAUUAACAGUGUAACCAUCUAAAAAUAAAGUGGAAAAAUUAUACUUACAA